AUGCAGGGAAAGAAAACGUCUCAAGAGACUGAAACCAUGAUGACAUCUGAACUGCAGCCUAAUCAGAAGGGGCCACUGGUAGCCCCCAAAUCACCGAUUGGUCUUCUUAGGAAAAGGGGGCAACAAGCGGUGCCAAAGAUGCAACCUGCCAUGAUGAUGUUCUCCAGCAAGUACUGGGCUCGGCGAGGUCUGUCUUUGGAUUCAGCAAUGUUUGAUCAGCAGCACUUAGGAGCAUCCAUGCUCCGGAGAACAUCCUUUAAUCGGAUAGAUGAGACACCGGACAAAGAAGAACAGAAAUCCGACCUUGACCCUGGGAAAUUAGCAGUGAUUUUAUCUGUGAAGAAUGAAGUGGGCUGUCUUGUGAAAGCCUUGAGGCUCUUUCAGGAAAAGCAUGUGAAUCUGGCCCACAUUGAGUCUCGUAGAUCCAAGAGAAUAUCAAAUGAAGUGGAGAUAUAUGCAGAAUGCAGCUGUACAAAGAAAGAGUUUAAUGAUCUUGUGAAACACCUGAAAGAUCACGUCAACCUUGUGUCAUACAACACACCUCAACACGUGUGGUCUUCAGAGACCGACUGUUUGGACUGCGUGUGUGUUUUGGGUGGAUUGCCGGAUGGCGAAGGAAUACCCUGGUUUCCUCAUAAAAUCUCAGAGCUGGACCAAUGCUCUCAUAGAGUGCUAAUGUAUGGUUCAGAACUGGAUGCGGAUCACCCGGGCUUUAAAGACAAAGUGUACAGGCAGAGGAGGAAGUACUUUGUGGAGGUUGCGAUGAACUACAAAUUUGGGCAGCCCAUCCCGCUUAUAGAGUACACAACUGAGGAGGUGAAGACGUGGGGCGUAGUGUUUCGAGAGCUGACUAAACUCUAUCCCACUCACGCCUGCAGUGAAUACUUGAAAAACCUCCCAAUGUUGGUGAAGCAUUGUGGAUACAGAGAGGACAACAUCCCACAGCUGGAGGAUGUUUCUCAGUUCCUAAGAGAGAGGUCAGGGUUCACCGUGCGACCCGUUGCAGGGUAUCUGUCACCAAGAGAUUUUCUGGCCGGCCUGGCUUACCGAGUGUUUAACUGCACUCAAUAUGUACGUCAUAGCACAGACCCUCUUUACACACCAGAACCGGACACCUGCCAUGAACUGUUGGGUCAUGUACCGCUGCUGGCAGAUCCCAAGUUUGCUCAGUUCUCACAGGAAAUUGGUCUCGCAUCUCUAGGGGCUUCUGAUGAGGACGUACAAAAACUGGCAACCUGCUAUUUCUUCACCAUUGAGUUCGGGUUGUGCAAACAGGACGGUCAGUUGAGAGCUUAUGGAGCAGGUCUGCUGUCUUCUAUUGGAGAGUUGAGGCAUGCGCUAUCUGACAAAGCAACAGUGAAGACUUUCGAUCCCAAAACCACAUGCUACCAAGAAUGUCUCAUCACAACUUUUCAAGACGUUUAUUUUUUCUCUGAAAGUUUUGAAGAGGCAAAAGAGAAAAUGAGGGAUUUUGCUAAAACCAUUAAGAGGCCUUUUUCUGUCUACUAUAACCCGUACACCCAAAGCAUCGAUUUACUGAAGGAUACCAGAAGCAUUGAAAACGUGGUGCAAGAGCUACGCAGUGACCUCACCACUGUCUGUGACGCCCUGGGAAAAAUGAACACGUACCUCGGCAUCUAAGCCAUUCGGAUUCGUCCGAUUCCUGAAUACAAAUGCAACUUAGCUUUACAGAAUAGUAUGACUUAUUUCACAUGACAUGAACUAAAUACUUUAACAGUUGCAAGUAUCAUAUUGAUAUCGAUUCUCUGGGCUAAAUUCAUUAUUAUCGUCUUGCCUUGUUAUCCAUACAGCACAUGAAAUACUGCAAACACAAACAUUACAUCACACUGACGUAAUUGUAUUAACUUACAAUGUGACUAGUUUCAUCAGGAUGCUGAAGAAGCAUUAAUGACAAAAAUUAUUUAGUAUUGUUCAAGUCUUUUCUGGUAACAAAUACUGCCUCUUUGUGCCUCCUCUGAUAAUUGUAAUGUUGUGCUUAUGACAAAAUAUACGAAGUGUUUUUUCCCAAAACAAUAUUGCAGCAUGUAGCAAUGAAAGCUAUAAGACAUGUAAACUGUACUUGAAAAGAAAAAUAUGUCACAAUCGUGAGCACUGCUCUGAUUUCAAUGCUGUAUUGUAUUUGUAAUGAGUCUGUGCUUGAUUUGUUGCUAACAAUGUCAACUUGAUCAAUAAAGCAUUAUAUUUUAGCAUUACAUGUUGGGCUGUUUUUGAA